ACAUAGAUUCUAAAUUAACCAAAUAUAAACAAUACAAUAAAUAUUAUGUAUAGAUUAAAUUUAUCAAACAAGACUGUGCUUAUGUUUAUAAAGUUCGAUUAACAAUAUAAUUGUCUAAUAGAUAAUAAGUAUAAUAUUCAAAAUAAAUACUUAAAUUGUAAAUACAAUUUAUCGGUCUCUCAAAUAUAAAAAUUUUAACUUGAUAUUGCGCAAAGAACGCCGUCAACUUCAGGUGGCGCACGAUUUGCUGCUGCACUCCUGUGCAAAUAACCUUGUUACACCAUCGUUCGAAUGGUGAAUUUACAAAUUUACAUAAUAAAUAAAUCAAAAGUGAUAAAAUAUAUUAUUAGAUAUGCUGUUACACGAAUAAUUUACGUACCAUAAAAUUAUAAUAAAUAUAAUUUCACUUGUAAUCAAUAAAUAUAAGAUACAACAAUACGUGGUACUGAAUUAUAGUGCGAAAGAGAAAAACAUACAUUAUAUUUUUUUAAUAAUAAUAUAUGCAAAUAAUCAACAAUGUAAUGUGAAUAAUUGUUUGUAAUAUAUAAUAAUAUAUAUGUUUAUAAAUACCGCUUGGUUAUUAAUGGUGACAGGACCUAACUUAACAUGAGGUGAAACUAGGUCCAUAAAAAUUUCAUUUAAUAUCACUUAUCAAUAAUUUAAAAAAAAUAAUACGUAAUGGAAGCUCAUGAGAAUGAGCAGUAUGUUACAUUUCCCCUUUCAGGGGUUCAUGAUGAUAUGCAAGAUAACAUUAUAUCUCAUGAAGAAAUAUGCGAACCAGUUGACGAAUGUGUUCUUCAAGAAGGACUCACUGAAGUAUCUGUCACAGAUGUUAAUUCUGGUAUUACAGAAGCACAAGUUGCAGUUGAGAUUUUAGCAGAACAUUCUGAUGAGGAAGAUGAAAAUCGUGUAGUAUAUCCUAUAUAUAUUAAACAAGAAGAGCAACAACAAUAUACAUCUGGAGAUGAUGAAUCAAUGGCUGUGGAAGCUCUUCGGCAACUUGGAGGUAUGUAUCCUUGUUUUGAAGACAAGAAAAUAUGUUGUGCAAAUUGUGGAAACCUUUUUACACAAGAUGAAAUGACAAAACAUCAUACUAGUUGUUCUGCUAAUAAAUUAUCAUGUAUUACUUGUGGAGAAAGAUUUGAAAGAAAAAUAGAUUUGAACAAUCAUAUAGUUUGUCAUCAAGUAGAUCGUCCACAUGCUUGUAGAACUUGUGGAAACUUGUUCCGUUCAAAAAACAAUUUAAGAUGUCAUAUGUUACAAGUACAUCAAGUAGAAAGACCUCAUAAGUGCACUAUAUGUGGAGCAGAUUUUCAGAGGCCUUCUAGUUUAUCUAAUCAUAUGAAAAUUCAUACAUAUGUUGCUGGCCGUGCUAUUAUGCAAUCACAGGGUAAUAAUAUGUCACAAUCGGAAGAAACAUUUAGGAAGUGGCCUGAAAAUGUGACAGAAUCUCAAAACAAUCAAGUACCAUCUUCAUCUGUACAAACUCUGCAAAACUAUGAUACAGUUCAAUGGUCAGUUCCAUCUUAUAAUUUUCAAAAUGAUCAAACUGUUAAUACAAUAUCUAAUCCUGAAGAAAAAAUAGAUACUUUACAUGAAUUUACUGUACUGCCAAAUGGAGAAGUCACACAAUUUGAAUAUACACAACAAAAUAAUAUAAAUAAUCAAGUUAAUCAGCAAUAUAAUAUUUCAAUAAAUUCAUUUAAUAAUUCUGAUACAAUGAUAAAAGUUGAAACUUUAUCAUAUAAUAGUGAAAACAGAAAGAAUUACAUAGAAGUUGAAACAAAUGGUACAAAACAACAUAUUUGUAGACAUUGUGGAAUUAGUUUCUCUCGUGCAACAGCAUUAGUAUCUCAUGAAAAAAUUCAUGCAUCUAAAAAUUGGAAUAUGCCAAUUGAAUGUGAAUAUUGUGAUAAACAAUUUCAAGAUGGUAAUCAUUUAGCAACUCAUCAAACAACUUGUGCAAAAAAACUGAUGCAAAAUAAUAUAGAACAAGGUACACAUAACACUAAAUGGGGUAAACAUGCAUGUUCUGAAUGUGGUAAAAAAUUUACUACUAAACAAAAAAUGUUCAGACAUCAGUGGAUUCAUAGAAAGAAAACACAUUCUUGUGAAGUAUGUGGAUCUCAAUUUGAAAAACAAAAUGAAUUGGAUGAACACAGAUUAUCAGCACAUCCUGGUGAUUCUCCAUUUACUUGUACUGAAUGUGGUAAGAGUUUUGUAUCACGUCAAGGAUUAUGGGAACAUGGUAGAACACAUGCUGGGAGUCCUGCACAUUUUCAUUGUGAUACAUGUUCUAAAACAUUUUCAUCAAGGCAAGGAUAUUUGAUACAUCACAGAACUCAUACUGGGGAAAGACCAUAUGGUUGUAAGUUUUGUUGGAAAGCUUUUAGAGAUGGUGGAACAUUAAGAAAACACGAACGCAUUCACACAGGAGAAAGACCUCAUGUUUGUCCUUUGUGUUCAAGAGCAUUUAAUCAAAAAGUUGUUUUGAGAGAACAUGUUCGAUGGGUUCAUGCAGCAGGAAAGAAUGAAACUGAAGUAACUGGACCUCCUUUCUCAUGUCCUAUAUGUGGUGCUGUAAAUCAAGAUCGAGAUGAAUUAUGUGCACAUAUUGUUAAACAUUCUGAUCAAAUGAUAGCAGAAGCAAAAGCUAAAACAAAUAAUAAUGCUCCAAAAGUCAAACCAGUUAAAAAAAAAUCAAAAGUAUCAGCAAGUACAAGUUUACAAAAAAAACAAGGAUCUGGAAAUUGUAUAAUUCCUAAAUCAGAAGAAAAUGAAGCACUUUUAUCUAUUACAAAGACAGAUAAAUCAGAUGAACAAAUUUUAAAUAAAAAACAAAAUAAUGCUUUCCUUGUAGUUACUACAGAAAAACGCAAUGAAAAUUAUAUUGCAAUAUCUGAACUUAAAUCUGAAAAUGUGCAAUUAUUAGUUAAUGAAAAACAAGAUGAAAAUAUACAUAUUUCACAAUCUGAUCAUAGUCAUAGAAAAUCUUUAAAUAUAAUUACUAUGGAUAAGCAAAACAAUACAACCCAUAUAACUUCUACAGAGCAAAAAAGAAGUGCACUUCAUCCUGCAAGCAGUCAUGAUGAAAUAACUGCAAUGCAUUUAAUACAAACUUCAAAGCAAACUAAUACUUUACAUUUAAUCACAAAACAAAAUGAAUCAUUGCCUGUUUUAACAUUAGCAAAUCCUGAGAGUCAUGAAAAUUUUUCCAGUCAAAUUGCACAAAUAAGUAAUAAUGACUUACCUAUGAAUAUGGUAACUCAUCAUUCAACUAGACAAAAUCAAGAUAUCAAAAAUCAUAAUGAAGUUGGCCAAGAAUCAUUAAUACAAGAAGGAGCAUCCCAAACAGCAGUAAUACAAGUUGUACAAUAUCAUCAACAAGAUAGUGAUGAUGGAGAAGAGUUAGUUUGUGGUAUAUGUGGAGAAGAUUUUAAUGAUAAAAAUGUGUUGAUGGAACAUGUAAAAAUUCACAUAUAAUAAUUGUUACUUUAUUAUCCAAGUUUGUGAUAUUCUUAUGCUAUUAAUGUGGCUAUGUAGAAAAUAACAAAUUCAAACAUUUCUUAUGUUCUUAAAGAAAAGAAAUGUUAAAUAUUAUAUAACUAUUUAAAUAUUGUUUCCAAUAAUAGUAGUAACGCACCAAUUUUCUAUGUGUCUUACAAAUGCACUGUACGAAAAAAAAACAGGGAAUUUCAAUGAUAUUUAUAUAUUUUUAAUUAAUUUGUUUUUGUUUCACUGAAAUGCUUUUACACAUUUAGGUCAUACACUAUAUAUGUGGUGAAAUAAUGUACAUCUUUUAAAAUAAAAUAUAGAUAAAGAUUUAUGUAAUAAGUGAAGCACAUUACUGAUGAAUUUUUUCUUAAAGAUGUAAAAUUAUAAAAUUCUUUAUAAAAAAUAAUCUUAGAAUUAUAUAAAUCUGCUUUUAAUAAUUAUUUAAUCUUGAAUUCAUGUAUCAUUUUACAAUACAUAAAUUAUAAUUGGAUAAAAUGAUAUUUAAAAUGUAGAAUGUGAAGUGCAAUGAGAAAAUAAAGUACAUUUUAUUUUCUA